CACAUUUGUGCACCACUGAAAUCCGUCCGGCGGAAGUGUUGCUCACGGCCUUGUCACAAAAGAAAUGGCGAGCGGCAUCGGCAAACACAAGAUAGUGAAUGUGGGCCCAACAGAGCCAUGGUCCGUCAGGGAGAAACUGUGCCUGGCCUCCUCUGUUAUGAGGAGUGGCGACCAAAACUGGGUGUCUGUAAGUAGAGCCAUCAAGCCGUUCUCAGAGCCUGGCCGUCCACCUGACUGGUUCUCACAGAAGCACUGUGCCUCACAAUACUCAGAGCUGCUGGAGGCCACAGAAGCACCCAAGCGUAAGCGUGGUGAGAAGGGUGAGGUGGUCGAAACCAUUGAAGAUGUCAUUGUGCGUAGGCUAACCACGGAGAGGAUAGAGGAACUGAAAAAGCUACUGCGAGAAACACAAGAGCAGUAUAGGAAGUUGAAGAAGGACGUGGAUCUGAUUCAGACGGGUCACAUGGACUCCCAGCUGAAGGAGCUGUGGGCAGAGAUCACACUAAAGAAGAAGCAGGCUGAGGAGGAAGCGGAACAGAAGAGGAAAGCCACAGAAACAGCGUACCAAGCUCGUCAGGCGAUGAAAAACACACCCAAGCGUCUGCCCAGCGUAACUGUACGCUCUCCUCUGGGUGCCAGCCCCCCCGCCGUGGACUCUCUGGCUGACUCCUUGGUCCCCACGACGCCCAUGGAUACAGGAGGUGUCGCUUCUGAUGAUACCACCACCACCACCACUACCACCACCACCACCACACAUUCAGUUGCCCAGGGGGUCGGAGUGUUUCUACCGGUGUCGGAGGCUCCAGGCCCGGGGCCCAAAGAUGGAGGCCUGGCCGCUCAAAUAGAUGAUUCGCCACAGAAGAGGCUCCUAACCCAGAAGUCCACGCCGCCGCCGUCACCUCUACUGUCAGAACUGCUGAAAAAAGGCAACCUCAUCUCGGCCAGCCCCCGCCUGGUUGUGGAGGGAGACUCUACUGGAAGCCUCACCAAUGGAGUUCAGACAGCCACCGCAGCCACUGCCUUACCACCUAGUCAUGAUGUCAUAACAGAGGGUGAAGCGGAGGCUGCAGUUAAGGCGGAGCUCGUUGAGGAGACGGGGUUAGUGGAAGAGGACCUUGUAGCGGUGUCUUACAUGGGAGACGAGUUGGACCUGGAGACAAUGGGAGGCAUCAUUGCCAUCAUAGAGGAGAAGGUCGACGACUGUGUGGAGGUCUUGGAUGCAGCAGCAGUGGAAGCCGCUCUCUCCCUGUGUGAAGAGGCCGUCUCAGAAGGACACACCCUCCCCGGCCCCUGGGAGACCCAGGAGCUGAAGGCUUCGGACGCAGCGCCCGCCGUCCAAGACUCCGAUCCCUCUCAGGAGCCUCAGGAUGUGGCUGCAAUGUCAACCCUGAUUCCUGCAGGCAUAGAUACCCAGAAUCAACCAGAAACCAAAACACAACAACAGCUCCAGGGAAACUGUGACGGACCUGAGGUAACAGGAAGUGAUGUCACCUCUUCUGUCACCUCUGACGACGGUGCAACAGGAAGCGAGGUAACUGAGGAGGGGGCGGCAGGGAAGGAGGCCACUGAGACUACGAUCAAGAGCGAAGGAGAGGAGUGGAGCCAGCCGGAGCCCAACCCGCCAUGCCUAGACUCGGAGGACAGCUCUGUGUCCGGGAAAGAGUCCAAGGAGGUGAAGGAGGAGGAGGCAGGGAGCGAGGGCGACCAAGAAGAAGGGAUGGAGAUGAAGGAGGAGUGCGGGGAGGGGGAGGGUCCUUAUCUGUCAGAGGUGGAGCGGGCAGCCAGCGAGAGUGAAGACGGUUACGGCCCGCCCUCACAACGCUACACGGCCGACUCGCUGGCCAGCAGCCCGGCCUCGUCCUCCCAGCUAUCCACAUGCGGUGAGGACCAGGAGGCGGUGCAGGCCCAGAAGAUCUGGAAGAAAGCCAUUAUGCUGGUGUGGAGAGCCGCAGCUAACCACAGGUACGCCAGCGUCUUCCUGCAGCCUGUGUCGGAUGACAUCGCACCCGGUUACCAUAGCAUCGUACACAGACCCAUGGACCUGUCGGCCAUUAAGAAGAACAUUGAGGCCGGCGUGAUCCGCACCACAGCCGAGUUCCAGCGCGACAUCAUGCUGAUGUUCCAGAAUGCCGUCAUGUACAACUCGUCAGACCAUGACGUGUUCCACAUGGCGCUGGAGAUGCAGCGUGACGUCCUGGAGCACGUCCAGCAGUUCCUGGCCACCCAGCUCAUCAUGCAGACCUCGGAGAGCGCCAUCUCAGCCAAGAGCCUCCGCGGCAGGGAGGGAAACCGUAAGCCAGGAGAGCCGGCUGAGAAGGACGGAGGCACUAGGGGUCGCCGUAGUGCCAUGGAGGCCGACCUCAAAAUGAAGAAAUAGACUGAGAUUUCAGAGAACGAGACCCUUAGAGAGACAAAGAGUCACUCGGAGGAGGAGGAGGUGAAUACUAAAUGGUCACCUUGGUUGUUUUCUAAAGAGGACUGUGCAGCAUCUGUUUGUGUGUGUGCGCUUAGUGUGUGUUUGUAUACGGAUGUAUAAGUGUGUGUGUAUAUACACACUUAUACAUCCGUAGUUUGGCGUAGACGAGGGGAUAUGUAGACAGUUACAUCUGUCAGUGUGUCUGAGAGAGCUGCACAGAACUUCUUCUUCUCUGGUCUAUAUGAUUGGUUUAUGUGCAGCACCAUGGGACUUCGCUCCACUCUCCCCACGCAUUACUUCACAAGCAAAGGUAGAAGUCCCUUUGCUGAGAUGGAACCGCUUAAAACUGUGAGAGAGAGAAAAAAUCCAUUUCACCAGCAAAUGUUUGUUCAGGAUCGAAUGAUGAAGGGCAGGAUGAGCUCUACUCGUCAGAUUUGAAUGGUGGAUGGAUUAAUGCUAGCUGAUUGACUGAUCCAUUUAUUUGAGCGAUCUGCACCGAUCCGUGCCCGGACCGCAUGGGCUGGAAAGACACUGGACGACAACAGCGACCAGAAUGGCCUCAUGAAGAAUCAAAAUGUACAGGUCCACAAAUUCAAAAACUACUAGUACUGAAUGUUGGUCUGUGAUCACUGCUAAAACGUUAAACUGAAAUGCACUUCACUUACCUGGAUUUUCUGACCCCUCUCAUUGACGGAACAAGAGUUUCUUUCUUAAUUAAGAAAGUCUGAUGUCACUAAACUGGAUUAUUUUGUUUCAUUCAGCUGGCCCAUACAUAUACCAGUGUUUUGGCCUAUCAACUGCAAGUUGAAUAUACUUUACAUUUAUGCAGAUCUUUUUCCAAAGCACGUUUUAAGUUUCACUACCUACCCUCGUGCAGGUCUGAGCUUCCGUUCAAAUUGGGAGACAAUGUAACACUAAUAACUUGCAGGAAAAAAAAAGAAGAGAACCAUAGUUGAGAAAUGUAAUCAGUCAUGGAUUGUGUGUGGUACUGCCGUUGAAACUUCUAACUCUUUGCAUUCGAGUACACUCGUGCAUCUGAAAAUUGAAUGCCUUUCUUUUUUUUUUUUUUUUUUUUUUUCUUCCAAAGUCCACAAUACAGGCUAGCUAUCAUGGAAGUUGUUAGAUGCAUAUUGUUUUUGGUUUUUUUGGGAUGUAAAAGGUCACCAUUUGCCCGCAGACUUUACAAUUUCAAAUGCCGGAGUGUCGUCAAAAGCAACAAGUGUUUUUCAAAAUAGUGAAAUGGUUCCAGCUUGGUUCUCUGACAAACGUGUUUUUCACAUGAUUAAUUAUCUUACACCUAAAUGUAACAGCUCUUUUGCUAUGCUGUUGUGAAAUGAAUGGAAACCAACAGCUGCCUUUUGAAGGUGGAGAUUCAGAAAAUGUGUUUAAAAACUAAACGAUAUAUUCUUUGUCAAAUAGUUGGCUGUAUUGUAAAAUGCAGGUGUUUCACUGAGUGUGUUCGUGGGCUGAAACGUAGGAUGUGGAGUUUGUUGUUGCUGAAAUAGUAUCGAUGCAUCCAUACUCGUCUCUUAGGAUGUAGCCAGACUGUGCUACGUAGACGGAAGAAGAAACAUGUUUGUGUAAUGUGUGUUAGAUGAGCGUACAGAAACAAGGUUUGUACCUGUGAGAUGGAUCAUGUAGAGUUUUGUGUUUGGGUAGAUGAUACAAGUAUCAUUUUUUUUCUGUUGUACAUUUGUUAAAUAAAGAUUAUUUGAUCUAA